AUAGGGUCAAAGUGAAAUCUUCCUUUUUCAUAUAGAGGGAGGAAAAAAAUACAGUUCACAUAGUUCAUAAACCAGAUCAUUAAUAGGUUAAUUAAAAAGAAAAAAGAUCAAAAACACAGCCGUGUUUUAUUUUGGUUGACAAUUGGUUUAGAGGGAGUACCAUGAAGAGAAAGCCUUACUUUUAUUCUGUGUUAGAAUAAAAGGCCUGACUAGAUACAGAAGAUGAGAAUCAGUGUUCCCAUCUUGUCAUAACUCCAAACUAGUUCUAUAUCAAUUGUAUAAAAUGCUGUUCUAAGAUCAGCAAAGAAAGCAAAUAAGCUGUAGAUUAUAGCAUAAACAGAUACAGUGCAGCUUGGAGAAUGACAGUCUCAGUCAUCCUUAUAUUAAAAUUUAUUAAAAAUAAAAGGAAUUACUUCAGUACAUGCAUAAAUAAUACGUUACACCAUAAGCUCAAAACUGAUUUAUAUCAAGAGUUGCAGAUUAGUUCCACAGAAAAAAUAAUGUGAAAGAAAUAAUAGAUAACCACAAGGACAACAGAUCAAAAUAAAGCAGAAUCCAAUAUUUGUAUAUAAAUAUGUGUGUACAUAUUUAAUUUAUAUAGCCAUGAAAUAGAUCCCAAUUUACAAAAGAGUUUCUAAGAAUAUAGCAUUCAAGUAAUUCUUUGUUCUUAGAUUUGAAUAUGGAUGUAAGAAUGAAGAAAGAUGACCUUACGAGGACGAUUACAUUUACGCCACCAUUGUAUAAGCAACGCUACCACUUUAUUAAGCAGUUGGUGAAUAAGCAUAAACCUAAAAAGGUGGCAGAUUUGGGAUGUGCUGAUUGUAGACUACUCUGGAUGCUGAAAUUCUGCAAUUGUAUUGAAGUGCUUGUUGGGCUAGAUAUCAAUGAAGAGGUGAUGAAGGAAAAAAUGCAUACUCUGUCUCCCCUUCCUUGUGACUAUCUUCUGCCAAGUGAAAGACCGCUGACAGUUACUCUCCUUCAGGGUUCUGUUGCUCACAAAGAUCCUUGUAUGUUGGGCUUUGAUAUGGUAACAUGCAUUGAAUUAAUAGAACACCUAGAGGCAAAAGAGUUGGAGAAAUUUCCAGAAGUAGUAUUUGGUUUCAUGUCUCCAGCCAUGAUUGUAAUAAGCACACCAAACUCAGAGUUCAAUUAUUUACUUCAAACUGUAUCAUUAUUUAGACAUCCAGAUCAUAAAUUUGAAUGGAAUCGAGCACAAUUUCAGAGCUGGGCUCUUGAUGCUGCUGUUCAUUAUGAUUAUACAGUAGAAUUUACUGGAGUAGGAGCGCCACCUCAUGGGAAAGAUGUUGGAUUUUGUACACAAAUUGGUGUGUUUGUAAGAAAAAAACUAAGAAAUGUUGAGCCUGAGAGAUUUGAGAAAAAUCAGAGAAGUGUUUAUAAAACUGUUUUCAAAGCUGUAUAUCCAAGCCUUAAAGAAGAAAAGUAUUUGCAGAAUGCAGUGGUCAAUGAAGUUGUUCGAGCAGCAGAAAUAAUUGCAAGGAGACAACUGGACUACAGAAAAUCUGAAUCUAAAAAGCACCACGAUGAUCUUACUGGAACAGAAUCCCGAUCUCAGCAAUCUUGUUUCCUGAAGCAUUUGGACGAUUUUUCUUUCUCUGAAGCUGAUAGUAAAAAUAUGCAGCCACUGGUUAGGGGAAACAUUAUCUAUGUGCCUCUUGCAAAAAUCUUUUCUUUUUCUAAAGUGAAUCAACUUUGUGGUACCUUUGAAACACUUAAAAAUCUCAUAACUGGCAAAGUUACACUAAGCCAUGAUGGAUCUGCAGUGAUGAUUGAGAUAGAAUAUGAAGAUGAACAGCAGGAUAGUGAUAAUAAUUAAAAAUAACUGCUCCUGUCAUUAACAGAAUAAGGAGGCUAGUAAUUGAAAUCCUGGUAAUUGCUGGUUUAAAAAAUUUGACUUUAAUACUAUAAUCAGAUGUUACAUUUUUGCAUUAAAUUGGAUUAUAGUUGGUUGAGUAACUUCUUAGUGUCCAAGGGUGGCACUUGGUUUUGUUUUUCAGCUGAGGAAAGCAGUCUAUUCCCAUGAUGCCUUUGCCCACAAAGUGGGUGAGGCAAUGUUAUACUAGACAGUACUUAAGGUGG